CAGGAUGCCAUUGGCCUUUUUGGCCACUGCUCGCUAAUGUUCAGCUGGUGUUGACCAGCACCCCCAGGUCCUUUUCCACCAGGCAGGUUUACAGCCUCUCUGCCCCCAACCUGUAGUGCUGAAGGGGUUGUUGGGACCCAAGUGCAGUACUCAGCACUUGGUCUUAUUGAACCUCACACAACUGGCCUUGGCCCAUCAAUCCAGCCUGUCCAGAUCCCUCUGCAGAGCCUUCUUGCCCUCCAACAGACCAACGCUCCCACCCAACUUAGUGUCAUCUACAAACUCACUGAGGGUUCACUCUAUCCUCUCUCUCAAAUCAUUAAUAAAGAUAUUAAAGAGGACUGGCCCCAACACUGAUCCCUGGGGGGCACUACAGGUCACCACCAUCCUUUGGGCCCAGCCAUCUAGCUAGUUUUUCACCUAGCAAAGAGUGAACUUGUCCAAGUCAUGGGCUGCCAGCUUUUCCAGGAGAAUGCCAUGGGAGAUGGUGUCAAAGGCUUUGCUGUAAGUCCAGGUAGUCUACAUCCACAGCCAUCCCCUCACCCACUGGGUGCGUCGCCUGGUCAUAAAAGGAGAUCAGGUUAGUCAGGCAAGACUUACCUUUCACAAAACCAUGCUAGCUGGGCUUGAUCCCCUGGUUGUGCUGCAUGAUGGCUCUCAAGGUGAUCUGUUCCUUGACCUUGCCCAACACUAGAGAUAAGGAACCUGUAGUUCCCCGGAUCCUCCUUCUUGUAGAUGGGUGUCACAUUGGUUAACCUCCAGUUAACUGGGACCUCUCCAGUUAGCCAAGAUUGAUGAUAAAUGAUGGAAAGGGGCUUGGAGAGCUCUUCCACCAGCUCCCUCAGUACUCUCAGAUGAAUCCCAUCUGGUCCUACAGACUAAAUGGGUCUAAAUGGCUCAGCAGUCCACCAACUACUUCCUGCUGGAUUGCAGGGGCCUGUUCUGCUCCCUGUCCCUGUCUACAAUUUCAGGGGGCUGUUUGCCCUGAGGAUAACCGGUCUUUCUAUUGAAGACUGAGGCAAAGAAGGCAUCAAGUACCUCAGCCUUUUUCUCAUCCUUGGUUACAGUGUUCCCCUCUGCAUCCAAUAAAGGAUGGAGAUUUUCCUUGGCCCUCUUUACAAUGUUAAUGUAUUUAUAAAAGCACUUUUAAUUAUCUUUCACAGCAGUAGCCAGAUUGAGUUCUAGCUGAGCUUUUGCCUUUCUGAUUUUCUCUGUACAUGACCUAACAAGACCCUUGUGCUCUUCCUGAGUUUCCUGCCCCUUUUUCCAAAGGUCAUAAACUCUCUAUUUUUCCCUGAAUUCUAGUGAAAGCUCCCUAUUCAUCCAGGCCAGUCUUCUUCCCCACUGGCUCAUCCUUUGGCACACAGGGACAGCCUGCUCCUUUGCCUUUAAGAUUUCCUUCUUGAAGUAUGUCCAGCCUUCCUGGACCCCUUUGUUUUUAGGGGCUGUUUUCCAAGGGACUCUCUGAAACAGUGUCCUGAACAGACCGAAGUUCACCCUCUGAAGUCCAAGGUAGAAGUUUUGCUGACCCACUUCCUUAUUUCAUCACAAAUUGAAAACUAUAUUUUCAUGGUUGCUAUGCCCAAGGUGGCCUCUGACCACCAUAUCUCCCACCAGACCUUCUCUGUUUGUAAACAGAAGGUCAAGCAGGGCCCCACCACUAGUAGGCUCACUUAUGAGCUGUGUCAGCAAGUUAUUUUUCACACACUCCAGGAACGUCCUAGACUGCCUCCUCUCUGCUGUCAUGAGCUUCCAGCAGACAUCCAGCAAGUUAAAGUCUCCCACAAGAAAAAGGGCUAGUGAUCAUGAAAUGUCAGCCAGCCACUUAUAAAAUAGUUCAUCUGCCUCUUCAUCCUGGUUGGGUGAUCUAUAACAGACUCCCACCAGGCACCCAACCUAAUCAUCAUUAUCAUUGAGCUUUAUACAGUUGAAACACUUCCUAAUGUACAGAGCCACCCACCACCUCUCCUUCCUCUCCUAUCCCUUUUGAAGAGCUUGUAGUCAUUCACUGCAACACUCCAGUCAUGGGAGUUAUUCCACCAUAUUUCCAUGAUGGUGACUAUGUUAUAGCUUUCCUGCCACUCAAUGGCCUCUGGCUCCUCUUAAUUCAAUACAAUAGAGUGGCACUGUUUAAUGUUUAUAUACUAGGUACGAUGGAGAUACAACUGUGAGUGUCAUAAAGAUGCUUAAACAGUUUGACAUUAAAGUGAUAGGAUUGUAACUACUCAGUUCAAUAGGCUCUUGGGGCUUUUUUUCUUUUCCAUCUCUGUAGGACAGUUACAAUUGCUCAGAUGUCUUUAAUGCCAUAAAAAAGUUUGGAUUUAAAGUUAAAUUUUGAUUUUCUCAGUACUACAGGUGAUCACAAUAUUCCUACAGUAGUACAGGUAAUCCCAGUAUUCCUACAGUGAUUUUAGCCUUUGAAUUACUUAUGUGAAUGGGACCUUGUUCAGCCAUCCAUGGCUUUUGUCAGGCAUUCAGCAGCAGUACCGGGAGGAAGGUGCUCACCUGGCAGGUAGCUCCCUCCAGCAUGCAGCUGGAAGGCUUUGUUUGGACUUGCAGUCCAGCUCCAAGAUAUGGUACCUUCAGUCACACUCCAGAGGCAUCAGCUUCUCUGGGGUACCAAGGUCCUGAUUCAGGCACCCGUUAGGCUAUGUGGUACCUUCCUCUCUGUAAAACUACAGAACAUUCACAUAUAAUUCCUGGAUAACAGUCACAGUAAGUUUAAGCUAAAUAAACUAUACUAUGAAUAAAUUAUACUGCGAAGAAUUCAUGUAAGAGGCAAGGAAUUCGGUCUUUCUCCUUAUUUUGUAAUGUUACUCAGCAGUAUAGCCACAUCCCAGGUAAAAAUGGCCACCAAAGCAUUGAUAUUCAGUAAGAUGCAUAAGGCAGAACAUAAACACUUAUUCCUUAGCUUAGUUAUUAAAAAUAAAGCUAUAGGCUUUCUGGUGAGGAGUGGUUCAUCUGCCUAGUCCAAUGUGGGAAUCAAUUAACAGGUACAGUAACCAAAAUAUAUUUUAAUAAAUUCAGGCUUCACUUGCUUAGGAAAACCACCGUAAUUUAAAAUUCUAAGAGAAAGGCCUUUCUGAGCACUGUGCAGUGUAUUGUUAGGAGUGAUGUGUGCCUAAAAGAAUAUUUGUGUUUUAUGGACAGUUGAUUUGCCCAAGACAACACAAAAUACAAAUCUGAUGUAAAAUGUCAGACAGCAAACAGGGUGGGAGUUAAGGCUCACAACACACGUGUCUUCAGGCUGUGCCGUUGCUACUGUGAAAGAACAAAGUGUGCAGUGUUUGAACUGAUGCCAAUGAGUGCUCAAAAGAUGCAGAUAAAUCCUGUGACUUCAAAUAAAUGCCACGGUUUCCUCAUAUCUUUCUGAUGAUACAAGAUGCUUUAUGGUUCUGGUUUGAACAGUGUGCCAGGAGAGACGAUCAGGUUUCACUCAUUUAGUUUAUAUUACCUAGAAGAUAAGCAGUUUCCAUCUUCAAGGCUUAAAGAGUAACUCCCUUUGUCGGAAAUCUAUUGUUAAUUGUUAAUUCCACUAGAAAGCUGGGGUCCAGCUGCAAUCAUUCACUGAGGUGCAGGUAAGUUAAGAGUUUCUUGUUAUAAAAUGCAGUUUCACUGAAGGAGAAGUUGUUUUUCAGAUGUCAAAUAGGCUUGAUAAUAGCCUCAAUCGAGUGUAGCAUCAGUCAGCAUAAACCAAGGAUAUAAUCCUCUUUUUGCUGCACUACCGCAGUACUUUAUAACUAUAGAGUUAAAAAUUUUAAUGGGGCCAUUGAUGAUUGCUUGUCCAUGUGGAAAUCUUUUGACUUUUUCAAUUCUUUUUUUAUUUUAUGAGUUGACUAAAGCAUUAAAACAGUAACAGUAGCCUGAAUGGAACAGUAAUACUUAUUAAUGUUGAAGAUCAUUUGCUUCGGAAGGAGGUUUUUGGUUACACCAGGAGAGCAUGGGAGGGAUGGGUUAUUCGUUUGGCAUGAAGGAUCUGGAGAUCACCUUGGAGUUCUCGUCAUUGAACAGGAAACAAAGGUGUUGCAAGCAUUUCCUUCUUUCCUUGAAGAGAAAAAUGAGCUGGGGAUUCCUACAUGAUCUGCUGAGUGGAGUGAAUAAAUACUCAACAGGAGUUGGAAGAAUUUGGGUAGCUGUUGUGUUCAUGUUCCGCUUACUGGUUUAUGUUGCAGCCGCAGAAAACAUCUGGAAAUAUGAACAUGAUGAAUUUGAAUGCAAUAUCAAACAGCCUGGUUGUGAAAAUGUCUGCUUUGACCAUUUUUUCCCUGUCUCCCACAUCAGACUUUGGGCUUUGCAAUUAAUCAUGGUCUCCACCCCUUCACUCUUGGUUGUUUUUCAUGUUGCUUACAGAGAGAACAGAGAGAAGCACCACAACCAGAAGCUUUACAGAAACCCAGGAGAGAUAGAUGGUGGAUUGCUGUGCACUUACCUAAUCAGCCUCAUUUUAAAAACAGGAUUUGAAAUAGUUUUUCUUGUUCUGUUUUAUAAAUUGUACAAUGGAUUCAAAAUGCCACAUCUUGUGAAAUGUGACAUAAGACCAUGUCCCAGUAGCAUAGACUGCUAUAUUUCCAAACCCACAGAGAUGAUUUUCCUCUCUUUUCUGGUGGCAACUUCAUGCCUGUGCAUCAUACUAAAUCUAAGUGAAUUGACUUAUCUAAUUUUCAAAUACUCCCCAAAAUGUUAUCUGAAGAGAUACAUGAAGAAACAGCAAGGCUCCAAAAGCAAUUGUCGCAAAUCAGAAAUCAUUGGUUACAACAGAGCAGCACCUGCAGGACGAUUCCCCGAUAGCUCCUCAUCUUUGCCUCUGAAUAUACGAGACGAACAAGAAAAAUGUUCCCCAUUGACUUGAAAGAAGGCUGGAGACCACCCUCCCAUUACACAAGCUGCUUUUGACAAAUUGCUUUUCCCAUGAGUGCUUUACGGAACUGAAAAGGAUAGUUACGGAGGAAAUACUGUUUCUCUACUAGUUCCCCAUUACUCUAGCUGAUAAAUUCAGUUACGUUAUAUAUGUCAUACAUAAAAUCAUCGAGAUCUUUUCAUGUUGAAACAAGAAGUGUAGAAGUCUGAGAAUCCCAUGAAGUUUUAAUAUAAACACAGAUGCUUAUGAUAAAUCAUGUGAAACAAUUGCUCACAGUUGUGUAUUGAAUAUUGCACAGAAUUGCUUUGGUACAAGCAAAAAUAGGCUUUUUAUACGCAGAGGUGGAAGAACCUGGGACUGAUUAAGAAACUGAACAAUAAGGGGAUGUACAGCAUUUGUCAGGUGGGUGGAUCUGAUGACUGUUGCAACAGCAAUAGGAAAGUGCUGGUGUUUGAAGUGAACUAUGUAGUCACACGCCCAUUCCACCAGACUAGAAAACAUAUCAAAACCAGAAAAAACCAAGAAGAGGUAGACUAAUCUAUUUUAGCCCAUGGUGAUAAAGACAGACUUGCUUAUUUAGCUGUUUAUGGAGCACCUCCUUCUGAAAGCAUCUGAGCCCUUUACAAUUUUAAGGGUAUUAAUCAUCAGAACACAUCCUCUAAGGAAAGGCACUUGCUCAAACUUGUGCAAGCAGCACCAAGCAGCUCCCAAGUCAUUAGAUUUGUCUUCUGCUUUGUGGUUGUGGCAUUUAAGAGAAAGGAUCAUUCCCAGUUCCACAGGAGUGAGUAGAGAAAUGCAGACCAUGCAAUAUGGCAGAACAGUAGCCAGUAGUCCCUAGUAUUGAGUAGCCUGGAAUCUGGUCCCUUAAGUAAGGCUGAAAAUACUGCUGCUCUUUCCUUCAGUAGAUUUCUCUGCUGUAAAAAUAUGAAAAACCUCCAGUAGAAACAAAGUAAAAAAGAAUCAUCUAUUCCCUUCCCCCCAAGUUUCAGAGUAUCUCUUAAAUACCAUACACUUCUGCUCUGUGUUAUGUGUAUCAUUUGGGAAAAGAGGAAAGGGAUAGAAAUUAGCUAAGACGUGUCUUCUGUUGAACCUAGACUUUUAAGACAACAGAAACUAGUGCCUAAAAAAACUUAUUUCAGGGUGGUGUGCUCUUUCUGUUGCUGAAAUGAAAGACCUUUGAACAGAUAUCAGUAGUGAGCCUGAUCAAAAUGCACCCUUUAGCAUUACAUUUAUGAGUAGUGGGGUAGCAGUUACAGAAUUAGCUUUAAGAACUAGUGAAUAAACUAUUUGCUUUUUGACUGUGA